CCCUGUGUGCUUACUGGCAUAGUGUGCACAUUUUAACAGAAUAGUGUCGUCUCAUAUCAAACGCUAACCUCCGUGCACUUCACGGAAAUGACGAUCGUAACGUUUAAAUAUGUUUUUAUUGGUGUCCUCAAUUCCACCGUGACAUGGUCGUACUGUGUCAAAACAUGAACAGUUUAUGUUGUAACUUGCUUGUACCUCUGUAAAGUGUGUUUUCCACCGCUGCUGCUUCAGAUUUCUCUACCGCGAUUUCUACGAGUUUGAAAAUACUCCCUCCCCUUCCGUUAUUUAGCCAACAUGGCGUCCGUUGAGGGCGAGAAGUGUCCAGCGUUCCACACUCAACUUUUUGACCGUUAUGAGUGCACCAUCCGGGGACUUGCAGUGCCCUUCGUAUCGUUCGAAAUUUCAGUGUAAACGCCCUCACGCACUCAAAUUAAGUAUUUUAAGUGCAGAAGUGCGCGGUUUGAGACACAGUGUAGGUGUCUACACAUAAAACGAAGCACCAACAACUUGGUUCACGAACCCGAAUAAAAUAAGACUGUUAUGAAGACUUAAUUAGGCCCACCCCUUCCUGCUCCUCAUGAAGGAAAGUCCGUGAUUAUUACUGCGUUCAUGCACCUCGGACCUUCGGAAAUUUCUGACCUCCGAUAGCGGAAAAAUGACAUGAACGCUAGGUCGGGUUGGAUUUUUUGCUCGGAGACUCGUGCGGAAGUUUUGUGCCCCGAGGUGUCCGACUUGACGUCACUAUCACAUUCUCCAACCACGACGGCCUCCCUUGCAACAACAAAUGAGGUGAAUUUCACUGUCAUUACGAAUAGGCUAGGUAAUUUGUCACUAAAUUAACAACACAGGUAGAAACACUCGCCCAAGACAUUUUCCUUCUUGCUCAACCAUACUAAGCAGUUGUAAUAACGUUUAUGCGUUUCCUGUAUUUAUUUUCCGAACUGAUCUCAUGAACACACUUUUUUCGGAGGUCGGGACUUUUUAAAGGCGGGUCCUCCGAGGUUCCGAGCAGCAUGAACGCAGUAUAUCAUACAACGCUCCAGUGUGAGAUCUCGCGUGACGUUUCUGCUUCAGAUAGGGUUGCGGUCUCGAACUAAUUCUAACUGUACAAACUAUUCCAACGUUUACAGACUGAUUGGUGCUUCGUUUAAUGUGUAGACACCUAGAGCAAGUUGCUGACGAGGUUUGGCGCUGUUUUGAGCAAUGUUAGUGGCUUAAAAAUGCGAAUUUGUACUAACCCACUGUUUGCUAUUUUGGGCUGGAGCUCUUGAUCGUGCUAGCUCGGUAGGCUACUGCGUGAUCAACGGAAAAUGCUUCUUCCGUGGCUGAUGUAUUUUCAUUCAGAAAAACACGUUUUUUUAAAAAAUUUCUGCCAAACUUAAGCUUUAAUUAGUAACUUAUAAUGACUAACAAAUGGCUAGUAUGCUAUAUACAUGUUAGUAAGCAUCUAAUUAAUGGUGUUUCUUAAUAUAAAGUGUUACCCUAACAUUCACAUUCCAAAUGUUUUUUGAUAAUCCUCCCAGGUCUUAAAACCUUCUACACAGCAUCUGAAAUGUGGUAUUAAUAAACUUGCCUUGCAUGGUCUUGCUUGGACUUGUCUUGACAAUUGUUGUGAUACGCCUCCGGUAGAGUAUUAACCUGUAAAACACAUUUGUUCAGUAAGACAGGAAACAGGCCCUGUCCAUUAGGCCUAUUGUGCAAUGAUCUAGUAGGCCUAUAAAUUCCUGAAUGUGAACAGGCAUUUGCAGAGAUCUCAGCGCUAUCAGAGAGGGAAGAUGGCCUUGAUUCUUCAUGCUACUCUGGCUAUUGCCCUGCUGACAGGGCUGGGUUCCGGUCAACAGCGGUCCUUAUUACCUGUUGGCUCCACCAAGAGAGCUGUGGGGGACACCAUGAAAUUCAACACAGUCAACCCGCCAGUCCCUGGUUUUACAGAGAUCGCCUGGAGGUUUCAAGGGAGCCCCGUUAUCACCCACCUGGGGGGCAGUGACACCUUUGGGUCUAACUACUCUGGCCGUGUCCAGCUAGACACGCGGACUGGCUCCCUGGAGCUGCACAAUCUAACUCUGCAAGACUCUGGGGAGUACACAAUCACCAUCAGGCUUGCAGGAGGCGCAGAGCUUAGUGGGAGAACGAACCUGACAGUCCUGAAUCCUGUCUCUCUCUCAAUCGUGGCCAAUGCAACAGAGCUGAUUGAAUUCCACGGCACCGUGAAAGUCACCUGCAUUGUCUCUGGCUCCUUCUUCACCAUGAAAUUCACUGGCGAAGGAGGCAAUUCGUCAACCUUCUACCAAGGCCUCGAUGGGAGAGCGGAGAACUACAGAAUCAGGGAGGCAUACCGUAGAAUGAAGCCUUUCGUAUGUGAGGCCUCCAAUGAUGUGACUCCGGUGGUCGUUAGGCAACUGGCUGUCAACGUACUCUAUGGACCAGAUGAGGCGGUCAUAGUGGCUUCACCAAAGGGCCCGUCCUAUCGCCCUGGCUCUGACAUCACCCUGUUCUGCUCCUCUGAGUCCAACCCUGCUGCCCAGGUCCAGUGGGCUCUGAACGGAACCCUGCUGGGCAGAGAGGGACCAGAACUCAGACUGGACAACGUUCAGACCAGUCAGAGUGGUGCCUACAGCUGCUGCGCUAGCAACAGCAAAACCGGAAGAAAAAUGGAGUCAAACACAUUUCUUAUCACAGUGUCAAGUUCAGGCUUGAGUGGGGGAGCCAUUGCUGGUAUAGUGAUUGGAUCAUUGCUAGCUGCAGCUGCCUUGAUCGCUAUCGGACUAGUUCUGCUGGGCUUCAGGUUCAGACCAGUGAAGGGAUGCUACAGAAGGACUUCUACGGGGACUGAUUGAAUCUAAAGAGGCCUUGUAUUUUACAUUGUUUGUGGAAGGACUGUGAGGGACUAUCAAUGAAGGGUAGAGGUGUAGUGGUAAAAUAAGAGUUGGGUAAACUAUGCAUUUUGUGAUCACAGUAAGGUGGACUGGUAUCAGAUUUUUAAAAAAGGCCUUCAGAACCUUUUUGGUGAUGGUGGAGGUUAUCAUCUAUAACAAUACCAAUGGUAUUAAAUGUAAAAAACAUCUUGCAAUGACUCCUCCAGGGUUCUGUAGUGUUUACUUGCCUCCAUUACAUCCCUGAUGAAGGAGUUUUAAGUUAAUUUAACUUUUUAUGUCUCGAAGUGUAAAUGAAUGGCAUAUUUGUUAUCUGUUUUAUAUUGUAUAGGCAGUACUUUGGAGUAUGUGCUAGGCAAGGCUAUGUAGUGACAACUAAUGCAAGAGCUGAGGCUGAGGGGUGUUUCACAAAACCUAGAUAAGGGAUUAAGCCGGGAUUUUUUGGUUAUCCUGGAUGAACUUACCCUUGACUCGGUUUCACAAAAGAGAUGCUACAUAAGUUGCCAUGGGAAUUUAUUCUCUGAAGCUAGCCUGCUCCCGACCAGGCUAACAGCCAAGAUAAGUUAAUUCUAAUGGUAAUUACAUUAUCUGAUUGGUUCAGCUAGCUGUCAUUCAAAUCAGACCUGCAUGCGAUUUUUGAAAGGGUUGUAUUCCAUUUAUAUACUAUUUGCUACUUGCAUUUACUCGCAAAACACAACAGAAUGUCUGCCCAAUACCAUUUAGAUAUCAUUUAAAUUAUGGUGGCCUUAUAAUUAAUUACAAAAUCGUUGUUUGCAUCUUUUUUUGACUGACGUUUGAUGAAUAGCCUACUGUAGUAGUUGAUUGGAAGUGGAGGGGACAUAUUUCGAAGGUGUUUUCAACUAAUUUGGUUUAAAGACAGAAUAAAGUCAUACUUUGUGCAUCUUUGCGGAGGCAAGCGCUUUCUUAAUGACGUUGCGUGCCGAGACAAGGAAGCUCUCACACGUGGGUGCAUACGUAAAUUUGCAUUCAGUUGGUCUGACACACCUACUCCCACUAUGUAACAGAAAUAAUCAUGAUUCCCCAUCCAAAAAAGUAAAACUUUACCUCGUUGUUGUCUAUAUCAAAAGCGGUUGUUAACUUUGUGUGCAAGACGCUAUUUUUUGCGUCUUUUUUAUUCCAACCGUGAGCUAUUUGGGGGAGAAACGAGAACGCGCACACAUCCCGAAUAUCUUACACCUGGCUUGACAUAGACGCUCCUGUUCAUCCUGGAUUGGCGUUAGUGAAACGGGUUUAGCAAGGAUGACUAGAGAAAGCUAUGUCAAACCUGGCUUUAUCGAUUAUCUUGGAUGUCUUAAUUCUGCUUUUGUGAAAUACCCCUCUGGUAUCCUAUGUAUUUAUUUACAUUUGUAAUCUUGGAAAAACUGUAUCCACAGUUCAGCUACAUUAUGCAUUUCUUGUCUACAAGUAUGAGACUGAAACAUGAACAUGUUCAAUAAAUGCCUCUGACUGAGAGGGCUGCACAUUAAAGUUGUGAUAGGAAACAUG